GAAGUGAUCCAGCUGUGAACUAUUCACACGUUUUAAUACUCUAUUAACACGUGACGUCUAGUAACACAUGAUGUCCUACAAAGCAAGGGAUCCGCCUCUCCAUUGUUUUUGUACGUCGAUCAUAUCUCAGCAGCGCUUCUCACGCGAGUCCUGCUCAAGAUCAAGCUCCCAGAUAAUCCUCCCAUAUCAGUGCAGUUCUCCAACCUCACAGGACUACUUACCUCUCAACCAGGAACAGCAACAAUGGACAAGACGGUGCUGAUUGUUUAUGCACAUCAGAGUCCGAAGUCUUUUAACUGUGCGGCGAAGGAUGCGGCCGUGAAGACUCUCACCGAUCAGGGCUGUAAGGUCCUCGUGUCGGAUCUCUACGCCAUGAAAUUCCGAGCUGUAGCAACAGCGGAUGAUGUCAAAGGUAAACUGAAGAACCCUGAACACUUCCUGUACAACGAGGAGACCGGGCUCGCUUGUAAGGAGGGUAGACUGAGUGACGACAUUAAAGAAGAGCACCGUAAAGUGGAGCAGGCUGACCUCAUCAUCUUCCAGUUUCCACUUUACUGGUUCAGCGUCCCUGCUAUAAUGAAAGGCUGGAUAGACCGAGUGAUGACUCAGGGAUUCGCCUACUCUCUACAGAACCUUUACGACAACGGCAUGUUCAAGAAUAAAAAGGCCAUGUUGUCAUUCACUACUGGAGGAAUGGAGUCCAUGUACCUGCCAGACGGCCUCAAUGGAGACAUCAAUGUUGCACUCUGGCCUUUACAGAAUGGAGUUCUGCGCUUCUGUGGUUUUCAGGUUCUGGCCCCGCAGAUCUUCUGGAGUCCUGCACACACUCCUGCCGAUGCGAGAGUGGCUUUGUUGGAGGCGUGGAAGACCAGGCUGCAAGGACUGCUGAAUGAAAAACCGCUGUCCUUCGCCCCCACUGAGCUCUUUGAGCUCAACUUCCAGGCAGGGUUCAGACUCCGGGCAGAUGUAAAGGAGGAGUUUGCUUCUAAACCAUAUGGGCUGACCACAGCACAUCACUUGGGAAAACCUCUUCCUCCAAACAACCAGACCAAGGCUGAAUAAGGUGCCAUCUGAGCCGUCUGAUUAAACAAACCCCUGAAGAAGUUCAAGUUUCAACUACAAGUUUGUAGUUGAAUCGUAAAUCAUGAAGGAUUCACACAAUUAACCUGAAAUGUGAAGAUUUCAUUUGGAAACUUAUUUGAUUCUGAUUUAAGUUUAACCUUAUAUGUCUAAAGCAAAUAUAUGGACACUGAUUUCUAAAAAUAAUAUAAAAAAAACGUAACGUUACGUCUUAACUACUGUAACGUUGAACUAUGUACUGUAUGUUUUACAUUGGUUUAACCUGUAUACAUGUUCUUGUAUGCAUGUUCCCAUGUGACCUCUCUACACCAUUAAUCAGUUAGGCAGUAAAUCUUUGACCAAACUGAAUGGUUUUUUAAAUUGUAGCUUACUUUAAAAAAAUAAAUAAAUAACUUCAAAAAUA